AUGUCAAAACAACAUUUUGAGGUUACGAGUUGGAUUUCUAUUAACUGCAUAACUUUGGUUCCGACACGCUACACUAGUAUAGUGGAGUUAUUCGCGUUUUUGUUUUACUUGAAAGAAAUUGAAUAAAAAAAUAUGAACAAUUUAGCCAAAGUUGCUGUGCGUCUUGUUAGCACCACAUCUUUGAGGAACGCAUUCGGAGGCAAGCGCGAUUUUACCCGAACGCUAUGGCACAUGUCAAAGAAUCUCGAUGACAGUCAAGUUUCUGGAGGAAUAUUAAAUGCUACCAAACCAAGUAUUAGCUGUAGUUGCGGCUGUGGUGGAUCUAAGCACAUGCACACCAAGGGAGAGCGGGAAUUGGUUGAAUUCUUGACUGAAGAGAUUUUGGCAGAACGCAAAGCUCAGAAAAACAAAACAGUUCCUACAAACUUGGACGGCUUCGCAGUUAAGUUAGAUGGUGCUGAAAUUGAACUCACCAAACAGGGCGAAAAGGAGAAGAUUGUUAUUAACUUCAAUGUAAAUCAUACUGUCGAUACUGAAGAGGAGCCCGAAAUUAAUCCCUCUGCUGACAAACCCGACUUGGGAGAAAUGCGAAGCAAACCACAGUUUGAAGUGGAUAUUGUGAGAGGCAAUACGACAUUAUCGUUCACGUGUUCCUUUUUGGAAGGCACCCCCGAAGAAGGAGAGUACAAUGAUAUAUUCGGCAUCGACGAGAUGACUAUCUACCAAGGAGAAUGGAAUGAAAAGGUUUAUGCUGUUGCUGGGGAUGUACUAGACGGCUACCUCUACGAUUUGCUGAUGAAUCUGUUGGAAGAGAAGGGCAUCAGCAAUGAAUUUGUAGAAAAAUUGUCGGAUCUGGCAACAGCCUAUGAACACUCGUUGUAUAUUGGUUUGUUGGAGAACGUUUCAAAAUUCACGACUGGAAAGUAGAUACAGUUUGAUAAUAGUCCCCAGUAUCCUGUAUCUUUAUAGACUAUGGAGCAUAUUUUAUGUAUUUUUAAUUUGUAGACGUUUUGUGUGGAAUGAAAAUUUUUACUACAUUCAAAUCUCUACACACAUACGCGUCAGUGUUAGGCAUUGAAUGAAAAUUGUUACGUUGAUAUUCAAUAUUCAAUUUCAUGGCAUUUCUCUUUAUUUCGCCUUCAAAUUAUUACUAUUUCUAAGUUUUGUAAAACUUUCCUUUCAAAGUUUUUGUUAUUUAUCGAAAGGAAAAUAAUUUUAUAAGAUACAUCCCAACUUUAACCAUGUAAUUGGUUUAAUAAACAAACAAAAAGCAAAAA